AGACAGUUCUGAAACUUUCCCAUCACAGUGUUGGUGGGUUCAUCUGACUCCUCUAUAACAGAGCGGAGUCAGUCAGUGUGGGACAGACCACCUGGAAACACACACUCGUCCACCUCACGCUGGAUUCCCGUUUGCUGUGGUCUGCUUACUCCAGACGAGAUCAUCUCAGAGAAAGUGAAGGACGUAAUGCUGGAGCACGCGUUCACCUGGACUCAUUGAUUUGUUUGUUUGUGUUUGAUCGCAGCCUGGAAACUUUGAGGAGAAACUUUGCGCUCUGUCUGACGGGACAGAAGAGACGGAGACACAGGCAUCAUUGUGAGUCCAGCGAGGAUGAGGACGUUGUGCUCUAGAAGGGUUCUGCAGCGGUGGUUCUUUGCUCUCUUCUUACUGUGUUCUCCUGUUCCUCACCACGGAAGGCCCGUCGAUGCCCUCAGCAGCCGAAUGAGGCGUUCGGUGACUCACGCUCAGCUGAUGCAUGAUAAGGGCCGGACGCUGCAGGACUUCAAGAGGCGCUUGUGGCUCCAGGAGCUGCUGCAUGUAGUUCACACGGCCGAGAUCCGGGACGUCCCGCAGCCCAGAGGAGGUGUGGCCAGCAGCGGAGGGGGCGGCGGCCUCACGGUUGCCAUUCCAAUGGGAGUGGGCGUGUCCAUAGGAAUGGGAACCGCCCACCCCAAACCAGCUGGAGGCACCAAGAACCUGCCGAUCAGCUUCCGUCUGGAGGACGAGGAGGGAACCAACCUCCCGCAGGAAACCAACAAGUCCCAGACGUACAAGGAGAGCAUGCUGAAGACCAUCGGCAAGAGGAAGAAGAAAGGCCGAGCGGGGAAGAGGAGGGAGGGAGAGAAGAGGAAGAGGAGGGCUCGAUCGCUCCUGGACCAGCACUAAAACACUGUCAGUCUCUGACAACGAUCCGUGAGGACAUUCGAAAUGUUCAUCUAAAAGAGAUAGGAAAAUAUUUAUUGUCUGUAAAUAUUCUUAAUGCACCCGAACAAUGACAAAGACAACUAACGAUACUGCUAAAGCAUUAUUACAGCUCCACGGAGACACACAUUUGGAUCCUUGUGAAUACCUUGCUUUGUUUCUUUUUCGUUUUCCUCUUUAUUCUUCUUUUAGGACUAUGCCUCUAUUACGGUGUCAGAAUUCCUGUAAUUUAUUUUGUUUGAAUGGUGUAUUUAUUUUGUAAAGGUAUCAAGGUGCUGCUGACCUUCUAUAUUUUUGUACUAUAAUGCACUUUAGAUAUAUAAAUAUAGAAAUAUAUACAAGUCAUUUUGUUAAUGGACGUAUUUUGUGGUUGAAUUGAAUGAAGAAGACUAUAGUCACGCUUGUGUUUGCCAACUUUCUGAUUCGUUGUAUGUUCAACAGCUUUGGUAUCCAUGUUUCUGUGAGUCUGUUCCGAAACCUAGUGAGCUGCCUAACUAGGGAGCAUAGAUUCAUUCACUAUUCAUUCACUACAAUACGAGACUAGCUUUUCUUGUGCAAUUCACAGAUACUACAAUCACAGAAUGCAUUAUGAAAGGCUCGCUGAAAACAUUCAAAAACAUUCAAAAACAUUUUCAAAGCCUAAAAUUAAGAUUUGAAUUGCGUAUAAAAUUUCCAUCCAUUGUUACACAUACAUAUAUAUAUAUAUAUAUUUAUGUAUUUGUAUUUUUUAUUGAAGAUGAUGGAUUAAAUAUGAUGCUUGUUUCAUCCAGGGGAUUAAAAAAAUGGUAAUUUUAGUCUCAAACUUUUUUUCUUGCAAUGAGUUAUUUUUUAAAAGAAUUGCAUGAAAAGAAAUCUGAAUUGUGAGAUAAAAAAAAAGUCAGUUACCUUUAUUUUUUAUUAUGUGGUGACAAAAAAACUGAAUUGCGAAAUGUAAACUCAAAAUCAGAAAAAAAUCAGAAUCUGAGAUUUCUAUAUCUUCCAGUUCUCUUUUUUCUCUCUCAAAAUUACAAGUUUAUGACUCACAAAAAAGUACAUAUUGUAAGCUAAAAAGUCACCUUUUUUAUUUAUUUAUUUUUUAAUCCCGUGGCAGAAACAAGUUUCCACAGAAUGAAGAGAAAUAAAUAUAUUUAAUGCAAUGCAAGUACCCAAUAGUGAUUCUCCUGCACUUCACUGUUUUUGUGGUGCACAGAGUUUCUGUUUAAAUGAGGAUGCUGCUCACUAGGUUUUGGAGCUGCGCUUUUGUAUAUGUGUUUAUUUUGGGUUUCUUUGCUGCUGACCUGAACGAGCCCCACAUCCUCAUCCUCAUCAUCCUCAUCAUCCUCGUAUCAGCCUCGAGGUCCUCCCUUCAAAUCCGCAGAAGCAUCUGUACACGACCAGCACACGUUAUAGAAGGACUCUUGUUGUUUUGCACUGAGAGAGAGAGAAAAAAGCCCUGUACUGAAUGAAUUAAACAUCUGACUAUUUCCUGCA